GUGGAAACAGCUUGCGGCCGUUCCUCACCACUUGGUUCGAGGCGCGACCCCGCCAGCCCAUGUGCACCCAUACACCCUAAUAAAGGUACCUCGACCGCCUACCACGCACGCGACCCGGCACUCACGCCGUCUUCGCAGCACCAUGUCGUCGUACCUGAACAACCUGCUCACCAACACCACGUCACGAUACACCAAUCUGCGCCGGCAGCUGCUCUCCGACGAGAAUGAUGGCGACAUAGAAGAAGACUCUCACAUUUCGCGGGUCCUGCGCGCGUACUACACAGAGAAAGGUCGGCCGUUUCCGCAAUGGCUGCCACCUGACCCACGCGCCCCGCAGGCGCAGCCGACGCAGCAAUUCGUGUCCUCAGCCGGGCGGCAGCAGGGCCAGGGCACACCCACGGGACGCGGGGGAGGACUGAGUGAUCUCUGGGACAAUCCGGCACCUCAGCAACAGGCACAGCAGCCGCAGUCCUUGCGCCGCGGCGCUGGCGGCGGCGCGGCUGGAGCAGGCGCGCGACCGCUUCAGGGGCGCAUGGGCAGCUCGCUCACGCCAGAGCCACAGGGCCAGGGCAGGCCGCUACCAAGCCAGAGAGCCGGCAGCUACCAGAGCUCCAUGGGGCCCGGCGGACGUGCAGGCGCCGACCCUUCUCCGCCACCAAGUGCAGGCUCAGGCACCACGGCACAGGAGCGGCUCAAGCAACGACUGUGGGGAUCCGGGAGGUCGGCCAGCCCGGCGCAAAGCACAUCGUCGGUAGGAUCAGCACGCGGCUCCUACGAAAGGCCUGCGCCCGGCGGCCGGCCGCCGUACCCAGACGAGCGCAGCUACUCGGGUGGCAGCAGCGGUGGAGGGAGGCAGCAGUCUGGCGAUUACGAUCCCUACGCACCCACGAAUUAUGGCGGCGCACCACAGCGCGCUCCACCGGGCGGACGCGUCGGUCUGCCGAGCGGGCCGCGCAUGCGUUGAGCUUCUUUGUACAUUUAGCACCGGCGCAUUUGGAGUUGCAGGGCAGUCACGGUUUUGGACGUUGCAUAGCUUGCGACUCAGCAGCACGGCGUCAGGAGUCUCUUGCGGAGGACACAGCUGCUUUACGCUGGCUGCACAUAGAGCAAUAUUCGACAUGACCAAAUUCGCAAGCUUUGCCCUUACCAGCCUACUUCGUGCUCAAGGAAAUUCGCCCCCGGUCGCAUCUUGAUUGAACGCGUUCCCCGCGUGCGCCACACAAGCAACGUCAUGUCCCGCUGACUAGCUGCUGCGGCGCUGCUACCUGCUGC